AAAACUCAGACCGCUUGGUAUCCCUUCCUUACUCUUGAAUAUUAUGUAUCUUUGGCACCUUAUCCUGUCUGCAAUUGUACCGAUCCCGUCGGCUUUGAGGUGACGCUGUCCCAAAAAAUGAAGAAGAAAAAGAAGAGAAGAGAAAAAGAAAAAAUCGCUUGAACGUCGUAUCACCUUCCCCCAAUAACGUUCUAGCCGCACCACCUCAACAACAGCUUUCAAACCUUACCGCAGCUCUCCCCUAUCCCGCUUCUCCGGCCUCUGGGACUUGGGGGCUCAGAAAACCACAACAUGAGAAGCACGGAACAUUUUCUAUGAGGCCAUGUCUUCGGCCUGCAUUCGUGCCCCAGGCGACGUGGCAAAGCUAAGAGCGUUGUUUCGAUAAGAGACACCGCUAACGGAAUCAGCACCGAUUGGGCGACAUAAGAGACUUUGCAUGGGCAAAGCACGCCUAGACCUCCCUCCCGGUCAACGGCCGUCUCUAGGCUAGAACACAGCGAGGAUGGUGCUAUCUGCAAUGUACUCUGUAUAUGAUAUGAAGGGGAGUCUUCGCCGAGAUCUUGCAUUCGCAGGCUCUAAAAGCUCACUCCUCGUGUCAAGUCUUCAAGCCCAUGCGUAUACAAAUCUUCGGUUCCGAACUCUCGAGCGUAACCUGAUUGUGUGGGGUCUGGAUCCCCAGUGGUGGAAGUCGAGAAGGACUGUCGCGCGAGUCGUCGCUUUACACCAUACUACCGGAAGAAGACAGCGGUUGACUCAACGGUCUUUUUUGUUGGCCGUGUAGAACCAGCUGGUAAAGAUAGUGAAACAUACUCUGGAAGUCGAACGAGGGGAAGAAGCUCCAUCUCCGCCACCCCUGUGCCCGGAGAAAGAUCUACCGAAUUGGGUUAAAAGGCCUUCAUUGCCCGCAGUACCAUGGUUUACCACAGAUUGGUCUCGGAGCUUGAAAAUUUGGCGCAGCCUUUGGUAUGUCCGUCGUCGGAGUCGUCAGAACCGCUCUAUAGCGGCGACCGUGACCGGAGCUGGGCGUUGCUUUUCAGCGACAGCUCGCUAGAAAGAUGGUCAGAGUAUGAGAAGAUCGGCUGCCCAACAUACUCUAAAUCUACCUCGGAACCCAUUCAAGAUUCAACCCUAAAUUUGUCGGGAAAUCCGAUCCCUCUCCCCACCGGCUCAAGAGACCAUGAGCCCUCGACGAAAUGGAUGGCAAGGUGCUUCGCCGCCUCUAUCUAUCUACGAAGAGACGACCAGACGCUAUCGCAACAAAGUCUAGCCGAUGCGGACGCAGAGUUUGAGAAGAUGCUCACCCCACAACAAGAUCCUAAAGUUCUAUUGGCGCUCAACCAGACAUUACAGAUCCUCCACAUGCACGAUCAAGGGGACAUCACCAGGGGGAUCAUGCAGAGUGCGUAUCUGGUGGCGGAACGGCUACUGGAGCCGGGUCACCCGCUCAGGACCAUUGUGCGGUGGAUGGUCUACGUGGCGAACGGACAGAUGCGGAACCACGACAUCACGAGCGAAACGCUCGCCGGGGUGCACGAGCACUUCGUCCAGCACUAUGGCGACAAAGAUGCCCAGUCUAUCGCGUCCAAGUAUUGCUAUGGGUUCAUGUUAAACGUGGAGUCGAGGUACCAAGAAGCCGAGCAGGUUUUGCGCGAGGUCUACAAGAAUUCGGUGACGGUGCUGGGGCCCAAACACUUACAGUCUAUCUCGGCAUCGACGAAUCUACAUCGCGCUCUGGAGCGUCAGGGUAGGAUUGAAGAUGCGAUUUUAGUCCUCAGAGGCGCGAUACGGUAUUUGAAGGAUACGCUAGGCGACAAUCACCCAAGAACACUUGAAAGUUUGCGGUUAUUAGGCGGGCUUUGUCAGAAGCAAGGGCAUCUAGACCAGACCGAGGAGCUAUUCUGGCAAGUUCUCAAAGGACGUGCCGAAAUGUUGGGCCCGGACCAUCCAUUUACUCUAGGGAUGAGGUCUGACCUGGAAGAAUUGCUCAAGGGGAGAGGGAAGUGGG